AUGAGUACUUUCGACCCCGCUGGAUUUCUUUGUUUUUUCCUCAUCCAUGGUAAGAUACUAAUACAAGAUCUAUGGAGGGCUAAAACAGGAUGGGACGAGUCGAUUCCGGUUAAUCUUCGAGAUAAAUGGAGACGGUGGACGGAGUUGUUUCGCUCGUUGGACCAGAUUAGUAUUCCGCGCUGUUACUUCCCAAAGGCGUCGAUCAAAGAUAUAAUUUCUCUUCAGCUGCACAUCUACGUGGACGCAAGUGAAGACGCAUAUGCCUGUGUUGGAUAUCUGCGGGCUGUUUUUCGGAAUGAAAUCCGUGUAGCGCUGGUGGGAGGAAAGUCGAAGGUGGCUCCGCUCAAAGCACACUCUAUUCCGCGGCUAGAGCUGAUGGCAGCAGUAAUCGGUGUGCGCUUCGCCAAGACCGUACUUAGUGGACACUCGCUGGACAUUGGGAAAGUAGUUUUUUGGACCGAUUCAAAGGUAGUACUCGCCUGGAUUAACUCCGAUCAUCGCAAGUAUCGACAGUUCGUCGCAUGUAGAGUGGGAGAAAUCUUGUCUAAAUCAAAAGUAGAGCAAUGGCGUUGGAUAUCGACAAGGAAAAACGUUGCCGACGAAGCCACUAAGUGGGGAAAAGGUCCCAAUCUUUCUUCAAAUAGUCGCUGGUUUCGUGGGGAAGAUGAUCUUUAUCUACCAGAAGAGCAGUGGACUGCGAUCAUGCUUACAGACAACGAGUCGACCGACGAAGAGCUGAGGUCAUCAUGUAUGGUGCAUCGCGAAACAGUAGUACCACAACUUGUAGCGUGGGAGAGAUUUUCUAAAUGGAUGCGUCUGUGCCGCACGGUAGCGUACGUUCAUCGAUAUUCACAGAACUUGCGACGGACAGCGAGCAAGGAACAACGAUUGGUAGGACCGCUAUCUCAGGAGGAGUUGGACAAAGGCGAGAAAACUAUCUUUCGGUGGAUACAAUCCGAAUGCUAUUCAGAUGAAAUGAGGGCUCUUGCUCUAGCUGGGAACUCAGCAAAUCAGCAAAUCCGUUUAGAAAAAUCAAGUAAAAUUCGCAAGCUAUCGCCAUAUUUGGAUAAUUCGGGAAUUAUUCGCUCUGAUAGUAGAAUCGCCGCCGCAGCAUUUGCUUCGUACGAUACGAGGUUUCCCGUAGUUUUACCGAAAGCACAUUGGGCUACACGUUUGUUAGUCGAAUGGUACCACUCCAAAUACUUGCACGCGAAUGGUGAAACGAUCGUCAAUGAGAUGAGGCAGCGUUUUCACAUUUCCCGACUGCGUUCGUUCGUUCGAAAGGUGGCUAAGGAUUGCGUCGAGUGUAAGGUGAAGAAGCCAGUUCCAAUGAUACCUCGUAUGGCUCCACUUCCAGCGGCUAGGCUACGGGCGUACGUGCGACCAUUCUCAUACAUAGGUAUAGAUUAUUUCGGACCAAUCACUGUAAAAAUUAAUCGAAGCAUCGCAAAACGGUGGGUCGCACUGAUAACGUGCAUGACAACGAGAGCAGUGCAUCUAGAGAUCGUGUACACACUCUCUACAGAAUCCUGUAAACUGACCAUUAGGCGUUUUAUAGGACGCAGGGGAGCUCCCUUGGAAAUACGCAGCGAUAGGGGUACGAACUUUGUAGGAUCGCGCAACGAGCUUGAACAAGAGAUGAAUGAAAUCGACCGUCAACUAGCGGAAACGUUCACUAAUGCAACCACGAGAUGGAUUCUGAACCCACCUGGAGCGCCUCAUAUGGGCGGCGCGUGGGAGCGCCUGGUGCGAUCCGUGAAAACGGCUUUCGCGGCGAUAAGCACGUCUCGGACGCCGAACGAAGAAACUCUUGCUACGUUGUUAGUAGAAGCGGAAAGCGUAGUGAACUCGCGACCCCUGACAUACAUACCGUUAGAGACGGCCCAACAGGAGGCUUUAACGCCAAACCACUUUCUUCUAUCCAGCUCGAGUGGUGUAAUUCAACCACCAAGAACGUUGGGAGAUCCAAAACAAGCCUGUAGAAAUGAAUGGAACUUGUGCCGAGUUAUGAUCGAUCAAUUCUGGAGUCGGUGGGUAAGGGAGUAUCUUCCCACUAUCGCGCGACGUACCAAGUGGUUCGACGAAGAGAGGCCGAUUGCGGUCGGGGAUCUAGUGAUCAUUGUGGAAGAGAAGAUACGCAACGGAUGGACGCGAGGCCGUGUGGUCCAAGUAGUAGCAGGUCGGGAUGGCCGAGUUCGUGAAGCCGUAAUACAAACUGCACGCGGACUUUUUCGUAGACCGGUGGCCAAGUUGGCGCGAUUGGAUAUAGCAGUGGGUAAAACUGGUCCAGAAGUUCCUGACCAGCCUUACGGGUCGGGGAACUGUUACGGUUAG